GAGAGAGAGAGAGAGAGAGAGAGAGAGAGAGCGCACGAGCGCGCGCGCACGCACACAAGCAAAAGAGAGGGCGAGCGUGAACGAGAGAGAGGGACAGAGAGAGAGAAAGAGAGAGAGAGAGAGAGAGAGAGAGAGAGAGAGAGAGAGAGAGAGAGAGAGACCCCCGCCGCUGUUCAUCAUCUGAAUAUAUUCCGCGGAAAGCAGCUGGAAGUGCUGGAGCACUGGAGCCGGAGCGCCGGGGGAACCGCCGCCGCUUACCGCCGCUAACCGCAGCGCGCAGACCCGCGGAUACCACGGAGGCUAUACCGACCCGCUCAGAGAACUGGACUACCGAUAUAUUUACCGAAGUAUUUUUAAAAUAACAACGCGGUUUGAUGAAAAAAUCUGCUCAAAAUUCGCCCAGACGCGCAAAAAAACGAUGUCUUUUUUAGGUCGGUUUUCUUUUUUUCUGUAGUCAUUUAUAGACUUUUCUUUAUUUAAUAUCUACUUUAUAAAACGCGGAGAUUACUUUCCGAGGAGUUCCGACAGCGUGGAAAUGCCCUUUCUAUAGUUUUUCCUAAUUUUCCGCGGAUGGUGCCUGAGCUGAAGCCAAGCUGGUUGUGAAGGUGUUUGACCUGCUCCCCUCGCCCCCAGACGGAGUGACCAUGGCUGCGGGAGUAGCAGCCUGGCUCCCCUUCGCCCGGGCAGCGGCCAUUGGCUGGAUGCCCGUGGCCAACCUGCCCAUGCCCGUGGCGCCGACCGAAAAGAACAAGUGUCAGGAUGAGCUCAUUAUCCUCAACGUCAGCGGGCGGCGCUUCCAGACCUGGAGGAACACCCUGGACCGCUUUCCUGACACCCUUCUUGGCAGUUCAGAGAAAGAGUUCUUCUUCAACGAAGAAACAAGAGAAUACUUCUUCGAUCGUGAUCCAGACGUAUUCCGCAGCAUCCUAAACUUCUACCGCACCGGCAAACUGCACUACCCACGCUACGAGUGCAUCUCGGCCUACGACGAGGAGCUGGCAUUCUUUGGGAUCAUCCCUGAGAUCAUCAGCGACUGCUGCUACGAAGAGUACAAGGACCGCAAACGGGAAAACGCCGAACGCCUGAUGGACGACAAUGAAGACGGCAAGGACAGCAAGCUUCCCAACAUGACCUUCCGUGAGACCAUGUGGCGAGCCUUUGAGAAUCCGCACACCAGCACCAUGGCCUUGGUGUUCUACUACGUCACCGGCUUCUUCAUCGCGAUCUCGGUCAUCACCAACGUGGUGGAGACGGUCCCUUGCGGCUCGAUGCCCAACCAAAGGGACAUCCCGUGCGGCGAACGCUACACAGUGGCCUUCUUCUGCAUGGACACGGCAUGCGUCAUGAUCUUUACCGUGGAGUACCUGAUGCGUCUGUUUGCUGCACCCAGUCGCUACCGCUUCAUGAGGAGCGUGAUGAGCAUCAUUGACGUGGUCGCCAUCCUGCCCUACUACAUUGGCCUGGUCAUGACCAACAACGAGGACGUGAGCGGCGCCUUCGUCACGCUGCGGGUCUUCCGCGUCUUCCGCAUCUUCAAGUUCUCGCGCCAUUCCCAGGGCCUUCGUAUCCUGGGCUACACUCUGAAGAGCUGUGCCUCUGAGCUUGGCUUUCUUCUCUUCUCCCUCACCAUGGCCAUCAUCAUCUUCGCUACUGUCAUGUUCUACGCCGAGAAAGGCUCCGCCUCCAGCAAGUUCACCAGCAUCCCGGCUUCCUUCUGGUACACCAUCGUCACAAUGACGACACUGGGGUAUGGAGAUAUGGUUCCUAAAACAAUAGCUGGGAAGAUCUUUGGUUCUAUCUGCUCACUGAGUGGUGUGCUGGUGAUCGCUCUGCCAGUCCCCGUCAUCGUCUCCAAUUUCAGCCGCAUUUACCACCAGAACCAAAGAGCAGAUAAGCGGAGAGCACAGAAGAUGCAGAAAGCACGGCUGACCAGAAUGCGAAUUUCCAAGACAGGAAGCUCCAACGCCUUCCUGCACAGCAAACGCAACGGCAUGCCCAACCAAGCCCUGGAGCUACCGCAACUACCCUACCGGAUGAAGCUCUCAGAUCAGAGCUCUACAGGUGACGAGCGACAUCUGAAUAAAACAACAUCAAUAAUAGAGAGCCAACACCACCACCUACUGCACUGCCUGGAGAAAACCACAAAUCACGAGUUUGUGGAUGAGCAGUUGUUUGAGCAGAGUUAUCUGGAGAGUGGCCUGCAGAGCUUCCCCUCGCGGAGCCCCUCGCUCUCCAGCCGAGAGGGCGUCACGGGAACCUGCUGCUCACGAAGAGCCAAAAAGAGCAGUCAACCCACCAACGCAGCGCACACACACCCCCACACACACCCCCACACACACAACCUGCAGGAGCUCAGCGCCAUACACAUCCAGUGUGGAGAGCAGCAGACUCUCAACACCAGUCGUUCCAGCCUCAACAUGAUGCCGGAUGAGGCGGGUCUGAACUGUAAGAGCAGCAGUCAGGUGACCACGGCCAUCAUCAGCAUCCCCACCCCGCCCAACAACAACUCCCCCAACAGCCCCGAGGCCCCCUCCAACCCCCCCUGCAACUCCAGCGUGGGCGUGGUCAAGGUCUCUGCGCUGUGAUGGACACAGCCCGAGAACCAAUGGGACGUCAGAGAAGGGAGGAGCACUCAGGACGAGUAAACUGUGGAGUAGCCUGCCCUCUGCUGGCAGAAAGAUAGCACUGACUCAGACUCAGACUGUACAACCCACAACAAGGGGAGGUGAAAACGAAAACAAGGACAGUGUAAGGAAGAAAGUGAGGUGUGUGUGUGUGUGUGUCUGUAGGGUGUGUGGUGUGUGUGUGUGCAGAAGAGAGAGUGUGUGUGAGACUGUGAUAGCAGAAGAGCCAUAAGAAUCAAUCUGUCCCAGGGUUGAUAAGACGAGGAUGUCAAGAGUCACUUUGCAUCAAGCACUUUUUCUUUCGUUCUGUCUGUAUUUGUCUCGUUUUGUGUCUCAUUCUUUUUCUUUUAAAGCAGAAUAAGUUAAGUAAGUGAGUUGGGAUGCUUUCACAAGGACACUUUGGUAUCUGUCCAAAAAAAUACAAAUUAAUUAAUAGCUAUGACAAAUACAGCUCUGGAAAAAAUUGAGAACACUUCAGUUUCUGAAUCAGUUUCUCUGAUUUUGCUAUCUAUAAGUAAAUGUUUGAGUAAAAUUAGCAUAAUUGUUUUAUUCUAUAAUCUACAGACAACAUUUCUCCCAAAUUCCAAAUAAAAAUAUUCUCAUUUAGAGCAUUUAUUUACAGAAAAUGAGAAAUGGCUGAAAUAACAAAAAAGAUGCAGAGCUUUCAGACCUCAAUUAAUGCAAAGAAAACAAGUUCAUAUUCAGAAAGUUUUAAAAGUUCAGAAAUCAAUAUUUGGUGGAAUAACCCUGUUUUUUUUUAAAUCACAGUUUUCAUGCAUCUUGGCAUCAUGUUCUCCUCCACCAGUCUUACACACUGCUUUUGGAUAACUUUAUGCCUUUACUCCUGGUGCAAAAAUUCAAGCAGUUCAGUUUGGUUUGAUGGAUUGUGAUCAUCCAUCUUCCUCUUGAUUAUAUUCCAGAGGUUUUCAAUUUGGUAAAAUCAAAGAAACUCAUCAUUUUAAGUGAUCUGUUACUUAUUUUACAACAAAAGUAUUGUUAAAUAAUUAAAUGAACUACAUAAUAGUCAUUUAAAAAUAGCUCUUGUAUUAGAAAGUGUAUUUCCACCCACCGUUUUGUAUCAUAAUUAAAUAAAAAAAAGUCAAUUGGCCUAUCAUUAAUUGUUUUAAGUAUUUAGAUAUACACUAUUAAUAAAGCUUUAAUUAACUAAUUAUAAGGGAUGUUCUUUUGAAGCUUAAAGCUUGUUACAAAGCUGUAUUCAAACCUAAAGAGGUUUUUUUUAACAUCAUGAUUGCCCGUUAACACACUAUUCUCACUGAUUCCAAUGGCAAGAAUAAUUCCAAUCCCAUAAUGACUAAAAUGUCCUCAUGAAUGCAGCUCUAUUCACCAGGUCACUCAUCAUAAUCAGUUAUUAUUUUGACAAUAAGUUUUCAUAUUUAAAGCUAUAAGAAGCAGUAAGAGGGAGUCAAACAUAAACAUAGUGUUUUUUAUCUAUUUGAACUGUAUUAUUUUAAGUUUAUUUUAUUGUCUGUGUGUUGUUAUUAUUAUCUGUAUUAUCUGUAUCAGUAACAGUUACCAGGUCAUCAUCAUAUCCAGCCUCUCCAGAUCUAUCCCAUCUCAUGCUUAUUAAUAGGGAUGCACCGAAAUGAAAAUCUAUUUGGGCCAAAAGAGAAACAUUUGGGUGAUGCUCGAUUUUCGAAUACAUAAUUUUUGUUUUUUAAACUUAUUUGCCCAAAUACAAAAAAGAGCUAAUUGUUACAUUUUUUUCUAUCAAAGAAAAAAUAAUUAAAUUAAUUAUUCAGAUUUUUUUUAACUUCACUAUCUAGUCAAACACAGAAAGUGUUUUUUUUUUUUGUUAAAAGAGUUUCAGUUUUCAGUCUUUGUUUGCUCUACAUUUUUCCAUUGAACACAAAGGGAUUUUUUUGCUACUUCCAGCCAAAACAGUGUUUUUUAUCAAAGAAAAGGAGAGUGUCCGUAAUAUAUAUUUUUUUGACAUUUCUUUUGGCAAAAUGGUUUUGAUUCUCUUGCUUUUAAAAGAAUACGUCAUUGUUCAGAAUAAAUUAUUUUAUCAGAAUUACUCGAUAAAACAUUAAAUAGCUUUUUUGGGGUAACUUUUUGUCCAAAAAAAUUGUUGUCUUUUAAUAUCAAAGAAAAUACAAUAAGUUCAAGUUCAAUAUUAUUAUUUGGCCUUUUCCCCUAUUUAGCUAAAUACAGAAAUAUAUAUUUUUUGGCAAUUUUGUCUGAAAACUUAAAUAUUUUUUAUAAUAUAUUCUGACAUUUCACUUCGUUUAUUCGUCCAAAUUCAGAAAGUGCUUGCUUUGCAAUUUUUUGACCAAAUCAUUUUGGUUGUAUUUCUAUCAAAAGAAACCAUCAUUGUUUGGUGUGUUUAGUAUCAGUGUAUUUUUUUAUUAUUCGGUUGGUGAAUAUUCGGUGCAUCCCUAGAUAUUAUUUUUUACGUAACUUAGUUCAACUCUAAAAAAAAACAAAACAAUUAAUAAUAAAGCAACAAUAGAGUUAGUUUGUUUGAUGAUGUGAAGGUGUUUUACUUAUUUUAUUUUAUUUUAUUUUAGUUAUUUUUAUUAGUGUGAGUGUGUGUGUGUGUGUUAAAGUGAGUUUAAGAGAAAUAUAGUUAGAGUAGUGUGAUGUGUUAGAACAUUUCAGUGUGUGUCUGAGUGUGUUAGUGUGUGUAUGUAAGUGUGUGUGUGUGUAUGUAAGAGUGUGUGUGUGUGUGUGUGUGUGUGUGAUUCAUAUCCCAUAAGCUCUCAGCGUUGGUCAGCCUGGAGCCUUUCACACAGUAUGUGCCUCUCUCAGGGGGGAGGAGCUUUUUUCCUCUUCUCUAAACCACUCCCCCUCUCUCCUCCUGGAAACUGAAUCCUUCUCUGGGUCCAUGAUGUUGAUUGGACAGCACAGCGGUUCUGGACCGGCCUGCGGACCGUCAGCUAUCGGCUUCAAUCAUCACAGAACCAAAAAAAUCAACAACGAAGAAGAAAAAAAAAAAAGACGAAGAAGAAGAGAUAUAUGAAAAAAUGAAAAUAUCUAUGACUAUCUGAGACUAUCUGAGACUAUGUGAGACUGUCUGAGACUAUCUGAGACUAUGUGAGACUGUCUGAGACUAUCUGAGACUAUGUGAGACUAUAAGCACAAGGCGUUUGCUGAGAAUUUGUGAGUAGGAUAUGUACUAAGCCUUGGUUUAUUUGUGAAUAUUGUUCAUAGGAUAUUUUGUAAUAUUCGGCCAUUCGUUUGGCGAGAAAAACCAGUGCAGCUGCCACCCUUCUCCUCUCUCACUGUGGUCCAGUGCUGCCCCGCCCCCUCGUGUCACCGAAAUCCACGCUUUCGAUAGUUGUUUUUGGUCCUUAAUGUUGGUUUCUUUCCUGCUCAGUGGAGAUUUUAUCGAGGAAAAAAAAGACGUAAACCUUGUUCCGUGUGUUUGUGUAAUUCUACCUGCAUAGAAACUUUCGGUGUUCGUCACUCUCCAGCGUUGCGUUAUCGUUUAUUCCUAAAGAAAAGGACUGUCUCUUUAACAAACUCUAAUAUGUCGUAAAAUUUUGUCAUUUGUUGCCAUGAUGACAUAGCGUAAGCCAGGACGUUGAAAAAAAAAUGAGUUUGACUGAUAUUCCCAUGGACCAAUCAGAUCUUGUUUCCCAAUUUUUUUUCUCUCAUUCUGUUUCUCUUUCUACAUGUUUUCCACAUGCCAUUUAAUUGGGUAUUUCAGGUUUUUCAGGCUUUUUUCAUACUUUGCCCAUCAGAUCUCAGUAUGUACAGUAUGUGUGGGAUAGCAGCACAGCAGGUCAAUCAAUAGGUUUUUGUUUUAAACUCAAACUCAAAUGCUAAAUUCUAGUUAAUACACUCACUGAUAAAAAAAAUAAUAAUAAUACACCAAAAAAGAGUAGUUUGAACAGAAUAAAACUCAAAAUCUAAAAGCUAAAUAAAUUAAUGCUCAUUUGGUGAUAAAUCUGGCAACCAGGCAAGCCAAGAACUCCUUGCUGUGUGUGGGCGAGCAUUAUCCUGCUGAAAAACACACGUGGCCUCAGGAUGUCAUGCAUAUAAUGAAAUGUGUAAUUACAACAUUAUGACAUAUAUGUCAUAUACAGCUCUGGAAAAAAAAAUAAGAGCACUUCACUUUCACUUCACUUCUGAAUCAGUUUCUCUGAUUUGGCUAUGUUUAGGUAUAUGUUUAACUAAAAUGAACAUUGUUGUUUUAUUCUAUAAACUACAGACAACAUUUCUCCCAAAUUCCAAAUAGAAAUAUGAAAAAUGGCUGAAAUACCAAAAAAAGAUAGAGCUUUUAAACUUUAAUUAAUGCAAAGAAAACAAGUUCAUAUUCAUAAAGUUUUAAGAGUUCAGAAAUCAAUAUUUGAUGGAAUAAUCCUUGUUUUUAAAUCACAGUUUUCAUGCAUCUUGGCAUGUUCUCCUCCACCAGUCUUACACACUGCUUUUGGAUAACUUUAUGCUACUCACUCCUGGUGCAAAAAAAUCAAGCAGUUCAGUUUGGUGGUUUGAUGGCUUGUGAUCAUCCAUCUUCCUCUUGAUUAUAUUCCAGAGGUUUUCAAUUUGGGAAAAUCAAAGAAACCCAUCAUUUUUAUGUUGUCUCUUAUUUUUUUCCAGAGCUGUAUGUAACUAUUUACAUAUCUGCCUGAGACUAACUGUGUGCUACACUUUGUAGCAACGCGGCAGGUGUUGAUUUUGAUUUUGACUUCGUCAAUGAGUGAAUUUAGUCAUUUAUCAUCUAGUCCUCUGCUUUGAUAUCUAUUGAUUUAUCUGAGAUGUCGUGAAUUUGAUGCAGGUUUACAUACAUACUACUGUAACUUAAACUAACACCUUGUUUAAACCUGGUAACUUCAUGUGUUUUAAGUAUACAGAUUAUUUCUAUAUAAAAAGACACUCUAAUCAUCUGGAAGCUGAGUUACCAAAACUGUCAGUGUAGUAGAAACACCAGCAGCUUUAAUAAGAGUUCUGUCUUCAGGAAUUAAGGAUAAUUUUUAAUCCAAGACCAUUGGUUCCCUGUGUGUUGACUAAUGAGACUUAAAAUGAUGUAGUGCGUCAUUCUGCAGAAUGACUCAAAGAUGGAUUUUUUUAUUUCAACUCAACCAGCAGAGUUAAAAUGUGUUUCAUAUGAAAUCGAAAGGGUCCAGAGUCUAUUAUAUCUAGAGUUAUCUUUGAGUUGUUCUCCAAAUUCAGUUUAAAGGGGACAUACUAUGCAAAACUCACUUUUUCUGUGCUUUUUUUGGGUUUCCACUUGGGUCUUUUGUUUUUUUUAUUUUGUGAAUCAGCUGAAAGAGUUUGGUGUCAGGACUCAUAAGCUUCUAUUAGCUGUUUAAAUGACUCCCUUAUUGUGACGUCAGAAUAAGGAAGAAACCUGCAUAGAACCACCCUGAAUAGAAUAGAAUCCCCCACUAGAUGGAAAUUCGCCAUUCCAGCCAUUUUGGUUAAAAACCUCAGGCAGUACACAGCAGGAUUAGCCAGCAGACUUUGUCUGAGGGAGGGAUCUAUACUGUACCUACUGUUAGAGACAAGUGAGCAGAUGAGGGAGAUGUAAGUACUUUCAAGCAAUGAGUUCUGUGUUUGUUAGUUUUUGCCAUUAAGCACAAGCUAACACUAGCACGUGGUAAACGCAACAGCUUAUUUGCAUAAAAGUGACAGAGCCACUUUUUGUAUACAAGCUAACACUAGCACAUGGUAAACGCAACAGCUUAUUUGCAUAAAAGUGACAGAGCCACUUUUUGUUUGUAUAACCCCUAGACAUAUUCUAACUUAAGUAAAAAGAAGUAUAUUAUGUCCCUUUUAAGCUGUAUCAUCUUGGGUGCACUUUUUAUAUCCAUUUUUUUAUUAUUAUUAUUUGGUCACACCCAGUUUAAAAAAAUAUUCAUUUAUUUGUCAUUUGUUUUACAAUUCUAAUCAGUCAUUUCAUAUCAGAUUAUGUUUAAGUUUAUGCUCAUGUUGCAUUGUUGCAAGUCUGAAGUAGCUACUGCUGUGGACACUAAUCAUAAAGUAGCUAUAGCUAUGCUAACCCAACAUCCCAACAGCCUAUUUUACAUAAUGUAUCGAUAUUUGGGUUAAAUUGCUCUGUAUUAUAAAUUCUAUAUUUAUAACUACUAUGGCUCUCAAGCAAAACACAAGAAUAUAAGAGUGUUAUGGGACACCUUAUAACCUAUAGCCACCACUCACCAAAGAAGAGGAGCUGCGUCUGUGGUUGAAGAAGCUAAAUUUAAAACAUCCACCCAAACAUCUAUAGGAUUGCACUUACCAUUCUGUAGAUAAUGGAAAAUAACAAAAAAUAAGGAUAGUACUGUGUUUGACUUUUAAUUUUUGAUUCUAUGUAGCUAGAAGUAGCUACAGAAGGUUUUUAAACCUUUAAGCAGGUACAGAACCUAGAAAGUCAUCUAGAAAGUUUUUGGUCAUUUGUGUAGCCAUGCACUGCUAUUCUGUUAAAAGAUGGUUGAAAGAUGGUCAAAAGAUGUGCAUUGGAUGCACCAUAACUGAGCUUCAGCAUUUUAGGCUGUUCUCCUGUGUUAGGACCUCAUCUUUUUCAGUAUUAAGAGGAAUUAAAAAGCACAUUAUUAUCUGUAAGUGGAGGUAAAUCAGGGUGUCCAUGCAACUCAUGACCAUGUGACUCAUUUUACAGUGUUUAUUAAAGAAAAUCUUAAAUAUACU